UAUGAGGGGCGCCAUUUUCCCCACCUAUCCCUGACAAACCUGUCUGCAGCUUCUACUCUUCCUGAAACUGCCGCUAGAAAUUCAGCAUAAACCUCAGAUGGGGAUAGAAAGAUUCCUGACUGAACAGGCACUGCCCUAAAAGAUAAAGUCCCCUCCCUGGCAAGGGGGGGGGGGGAAUCGACGCCUUCAGUUUUCACUGACUGACUCACCGGUGCUAGAGUCAGGGAUGGCUGUACUAGUAGGCCGAGCGAAACUUCCUCUCAGGCAGCUGUUUGCUGAAAGGGCAGCACAUUUAUGUCAAAAGCUGCACCCAAGAAACCAGCAGCAGGUGGUGCAGCCCCUCCCCCUGCAGGAUUUUCCCUGGACAUAAAUGACCCUCAGGUGCAGAAUGCUGCCAUCCGCAUCCAGGCUUCCUAUCGUGGGCACAGGUCCCGCAAGGAAAUGAAGGAGAAGGGCCCCCCACGGGUGCUGAAGAACCUCACGGACGUGAUGCUGAUCGAGGGGAGCGCAGCCAAGCUGGAGUGUCGCAUCAGUGCCUUCCCCGACCCCUUCAUCCGCUGGUCCAAAGAUGGUGCGGAACUCAAGGACGGGCCCAAGUACCGCUAUGUCUUUGAGGACCCAGACAUCGUCGCCUUGGUGGUCCGUGAUGCUGGCCUUCCUGACCUGGGCAAGUACACCAUCUCCGUGAAGAACCCCUUCGGAGAGUGCUUUGACUCGGCACGUCUCCUCGUGGAAGUGCCUGCCAAGAUUCAGAAGGGCCCAGACAGCACAAAAGCCAAGAAAGGCAGCACAGUCAACCUGACAGCCCACAUCAGUGGGGAGCCCGCACCUGAUGUUGGCUGGGCCAAGGAUGGCGAGGAUAUUGAAGAGGACGAUCGCAUAUACUAUAACAUCGGCAGUGACUCAACAACUCUCACCAUCAAAAAGGUGUCACCGGCGGAUGCUGGGAAGUACGAGGUCUUUGUGGAGAACAGCCUGGGCAUGGACCAGUCUUUUGCACGCCUUGAUGUGAUCUGAGCUCCUGCCUCCCCCUGCCUCCUGUACAGUUCCCCC